CCACGUGCCUGUGGCAUAAGUAACCUGGCACGCCAUAACGAUGUACGCAGCAUACAAAAUGCAGCAGGAUUUUGAGUUAGUUUGCUCUGCCACCGCCAAUAGUGGUAAAAUACCUGUGUACAAGUAUAAGUCGAGGUCGACAGGAUUAACCGUGUCCAUAGCUCAGGUAGAUGGGCCAACCGUAAGCGGGUAUUUUUGCUUGGCUACUGAGGCCCAUGAUGAUGAUGGAUUACCCCACACUUUGGAACAUUUGGUAUUUAUGGGGAGUGAAAAGUACCCAUACAAGGGUGUAUUGGACCUGUUGGCAAACCGCUGCCUGGCCUCUGGAACCAAUGCCUGGACUGAUACAGACCACACCUGUUACACCAUGCAGACAGCGGGAGAUGAAGGCUUCCUCACCCUCAUGCCCAUAUAUGUAGAACAUGUGCUUUUUGCUACUCUUACUGACUCUGCUUACCUCACAGAAGUUCACCAUGUCACAGAGCAAGGGGAAGAUGCUGGAGUGGUCUACUGUGAAAUGCAGGCCUGUGAAAACACAGGGGAGGGGAGAACCAGACUCGCCCUUCUCAGAGCCAUGUACCCAGGGCAUUGUGGGUAUAAGUCAGAGACUGGGGGAAUGUUGGAAAAUCUACGCAUAAGUACCUCAAAUAAAAAGGUUGUGAGCUAUCAUCAGGAGUUUUACCGCCCAGAGAAUCUUAACCUCAUUAUCACAGGUCAGGUCAAUCCCCAAGAUGUGUUCAAGGCACUAGAACCAAUACAGCAGAAAAUACUAGCAAAGGGUAAACAAGCUCAAUUUGUCCGUCCCUGGCAGAGUGAAGUGCCUCCCCUGGAGAAUUCAGUUGAACAGAUCAUUUGCUACCCCUCUGAUGAUGAAACUCGGGGCCUGGUCAGGAUGGCCUGGAGGGGACCUAAUGUCAAGGAUCUGUACACACAUGUUGCAUUGACUGUGAUUUUGGACUACCUCCGAGAUUCUGCCAUAUCUCCCCUACAGAGAGACUUUGUGGAGCUGGAGGAGCCAUACUGUUCAAAUGUGUCAUAUUCUAUGAUAGAAAACAGAGAAAUGUGUCAUAUGCUGACAUUCCAAAAUGUCCCAAAAGAGAAGCUGAAGGAAAUAAAACCCAGGUUGUUGGCCACCAUUGGUAAGAUAGUGAAGAGAGAGGAAGAGAUUGAUAGUAAGAGAAUGGAGACUGUGAUUCACAAAAAUGUUCUGGACAGUAUGGAGAGGUUGGAGUCAAGACCCCAUGAUCAGAUCGCUGGGGAUUUGAUAGGAGAUUUCCUGUUUAGUGACACAGGAGAGGAACUGGUUGAGAGAGUGAACCAGAUUGAAAUUUUUAGAAAACUGAGUAAAGAAAACAAGGACUACUGGUACAAUUUACUGAACCAAUAUUUUAUGACCCGUCCUUCUGUCACUAUAAUUGGAGAGCCCAGUAAGGAGCUCCAUGAGAAGAUGGCUGCCACAGAGAAGGAACGUAUAGAAGAACAGAAGAAGAAAUUAGGAGAGACAGGGUUAGCACAGAAGGGAGAGAAUCUCAAAAAGGCUUGUGAGGAAAAUGAGAUUGAGGCACCAGGAGAAGUCAUCACCAGUGUCGACAUUCCAAAUGUCAGCAGCAUUAAAUUCCAUCCAAUUACAACGUGCCACUCUGGCCACGCUGAGGCUGACACCAAAUUCUCAGGUUUUCCUCUCAGUGAUCUUCCUGUGGCAUUCCAGCUGAAUAGCAUUAACAGUAACUUUGUGUCUUUGCGCUGCUGUAUCAAUACGGAUGCUGUACCUCAGGACCUGAAAUAUUACCUUCCUCUUUAUGCUGCUGUGAUGUGUGAAUCACCUCUGAUGAGAAACAAUGAGCUGGUGUCUCAUGAGAUUGUCAUCCAAGAGUUGGAAGCUGACACGCUGAGUGUGGACACCUCUCUUGGUCUUUCAGGGGGAAUGUUCACACAUGGAGAUUUUCCACAACUGCUUACACUCCGCCUCAAGGUAGAGUGUGAGAAGUACAAGAAAUCCAUCACAUGGAUUCAUGAACUGCUGUACAAGAUCCAGUUUAAGGAAGAGAGACUGAAAAUUGUAGCACAGAAAAUGGUGAAUGAAGUGUCUCGUCUGAAGAGAAGAGGCUUGCUGAUAGCACAAAACAUGAUGAAGGAUAUGUCUUUUGAUAAAGCAAGUAACAUGGUUGUGAUGGGGUUCAUGAGACAGCAUACAUUCUUGACUGAAAUGUUGGAGAAAUUGGAAAAAUCACCAACUGAAGUUAUAGAGCAGAUGAAGAGACUUCAAAAACUGCUGACAUUACCAGAAAACAUCACAAUCCACAUGUCAGCAGAUGUGACAAGACUGGCACAACUAACGCAAUGUGAUCCUCAUGAAGUCUGGAAACAGGAGCUCCUACCAAAGGAACUGCAGAAGGAAGUGGGCAAGGUGGAUUUGGCAAAAAAACAACCAAUCAAGUUCUCUCACUCUUUCCUCCGUACCCUUGAAGAGACAUCUCAGAGUAUGGGGAUCAUUUGUGGUGUAGCAGCCGUGGAGUCAGCAUACCUAAUUCUCAGUGUUCCCUGCCUUACAACCUACAUCCAUGCUGACACUGCACCUGUCAUGGUAUUCAUACAGUACCUGACACAACUAGAGGGACCCAUGUGGAGACAGAUCAGAGGCAUGGGACUGUCCUAUGGUUACAGAAUGAGCAUCAAGCAGGAGACUGGUCAGCUGUACUUUAUCCUGUCCAGAGCUGCCCAGCUGUCCAAUGCCUACAAGCAAGCCAAGAUCAUUGUGGAAGAAUUCCUUACUGGUCAGACUGAAUUCACAGAGGUAGACCUGGAGACGGCCAAGAGUUCUCUCAUAUUUGAAAUCAUUGAGGAAGAGACUUCAGUCUCUGACACUGCCUUCCAGAGUAUUCUCAGCUACUACAGAGGAGUGGAAGUUGACUACAACAGGCAACUCCUCCAGGACAUUGCCAAAGUGAGCAUCAAGGAUCUCCAGAGAGUGAGUAAGCAGUAUUUCAGCCAGCUGUUUGACCAGACCAAGUCCAGGUGUGCCGUCUGCUGUGACUCUGCCAAAGUGGAAGAACUGCAGAAAGAAUUCAAAGAGUUGGAUAGAGACCUGGCAGUGCUGCCAUCUUUGGAAGAAGGACUUCUGGCUGAACUGAAGAUGUAGGCUAUGCUGAUGUUCAUUUAAAAUCACCGUGUUAUAAGGAGGAAGUUAUUGUCAAAAUGUAUUCAGGAAUUUACAAUAGUUCAUAUUUGUAGUGGAGUCUUUGACUAGCCUAAUGAAUAACUCCAAAUCCUUUCCAUGUUCUCAGUAUUGUACCUAUGGCCAACUAUAUGUUUAUUGGUCAUCAGCGCGUUUUGAUACCUAGACUAAACCCAAAAUUUGUAUUUGUACUAUGUCUUUUUCGCUGUGAUAUUGACUCUACUUUUUUGUUCAGUGCAAUCAGGAACGUUGUGCUAGCAAUCUAGAAUGUUGUCUGUUACUCUCUGCAGUCUUUAUUCAGUGCAGCAAAGAUGUUGUUUUAAUGUUAUUUUAAAAUAGUUUAAACAUUUGACAGCAAAGAUGGCAUUUCAAGACUCUCAUACCUGAUCCAGAAAAGAGAGAAAAGACAUUUGCUGCACGUUUUUUAAAAUUAUGUUCAGUAUGUAGACUGUUCACAUCACUAUAAUCAGGGUACACUGCAUUAAAACAGUAACACUAAUAAAAUCUCAUACAAGGUUAUUGACGUCAGAAAGCAUCAAUAGAAUUUUAUACUUAUCAGUAAUCGGAUUUUAAAUAUUUUAUAAUGAUACUCUUUUUAAUUGUUUUUAAGUGUUUAGAUGAUACAUGCAUAUCUCGAUUUUUCAUGUUUUAAAUGUAUAAUGUAGCUAGUUGUGUGAUUAAGAAUUUUAAUGCAGCAAAGAACAGCAAUCAUCACUAUGGAGAAGUGAAAUCCCAUGCAUCAAAUCAACACUGUUAAACAGAAUUGUGUGAAAUAAA